AGGUGCGUGUCGGGUUGGGCGGCUGGGCCCCGGCGCUCGCCCCCGGGAAGGCAGCAGGGGCGGUUGAGAAGUGAAGUCUUGGCCAGAGUUUGCUUCUUGCCAGGAAAUCCGCGGCGGCGGCGGCUAGUCCUUGCGGAUCGGAGGCCGGCCCGCUCCGGGCUCCCUCGGCGGGCCGCAGCUAGCCGAGCUGCGCCGGGCGGCGGCGCCGGGAGCCGGGCGCGCCCCGGGCGGCCGCGCUCUCCCGAAAAUCGGACCUGUUUUUAGUCAAAUACAGUCUUUUAAAGGAAACCAAACCUUAAGUGGAAGUCUAACGUAUGAAGAUACGGAGGCUGCUUCGGUUGAUUCAAAAUGGGAACGACAAGUGAUGAGAUGGUGUCUGUGGACCAGACCUCUUCCUCCUCCUUCAAUCCUCUGUGUUUCGAGUGUGGCCAGCAGCACUGGACAAGAGAAAACCAUUUAUACAAUUACCAGGAUGAAGUGGACGAUGACCUGGUCUGCCACAUCUGCCUUCAGCCUCUGUUGCAGCCACUGGAUACUCCCUGUGGACACACGUUCUGCUGCAAGUGCCUCAGAAACUUCUUACAAGAGAAAGAUUUCUGUCCACUAGACCGGAAAAGACUUCACUUUAAGCUGUGUAAGAAGUCUAGUAUUCUAGUUCAUAAACUACUGGACAAAUUAUUAGUUUUAUGUCCAUUUUCUGCAGUGUGCCAAGAUGUCAUGCAACGCUGUGAUCUGGAGGCGCAUCUUAAAAACAGAUGCCCUGGAGCUUCUCAUCGGAGAGCUGCCCUAGAGAGAAGGAAAACUAGUAGAACUCAGACAGAGAUUGAGAAUGAAAAUGGAACCACUAUAGUAGAUCUCCCAGGUACUUUAUCACCCGAAACGGACUGUUCGGGGACAGGCACAGUGCCCGCCGAACGGAGCUUGACGUCCGCGUCUCUCCCCGCGUGGACAGAGGAGCCGGGCCUGGACAACCCUGCCUUUGAGGAGAGCGCUGUUGCCGACACAGCUGCACAACAGCCACUUAGUUUACCAGAAGGCGAAAUUACCACAAUUGAAAUUCACCGGUCUAAUCCUUAUAUUCAGUUAGGAAUUAGCAUUGUGGGUGGCAAUGAAACUCCACUGAUUAACAUUGUUAUCCAGGAAGUCUAUCGAGAUGGGAUAAUCGCCAGAGAUGGAAGACUCCUUGCUGGAGACCAGAUUCUUCAGGUCAACAACUAUGAUAUCAGCAACGUGUCCCAUAACUAUGCCAGAGCUGUUCUCUCCCAGCCCUGCAGCACGCUGCAUCUCACUGUGCUUCGAGAGAGACGCUUUGGCAACCGAGCAUACAGCCACUCUGAUAGAGAAGAGGUCUUCCAUGUGGCUCUUCAUAAGCGGGACUCUGGUGAACAGCUUGGCAUUAAACUCGUACGAAGGACUGAUGAGCCAGGUGUUUUUAUUCUUGACCUGUUGGAAGGGGGGCUGGCUGCACAGGACGGGAGGCUCAACAGCAACGACCGAGUACUCGCCAUCAACGGACACGACCUGAAGCAUGGGACACCCGAGCUUGCCGCGCAGAUCAUUCAGGCUAGUGGAGAGAGGGUGAAUUUAACAAUUGCUAGACCGGGGAAACCCCAGCCUGGUAACACUAUCCGAGAAGCGGGAACUCAGAGCAGCAGCAGCCAGCACCACGCACAGCCACUGUAUCACAGCAGACCCAGCUCACAUAAGGAUCUGACCCAGUGUGUUACAUGCCAGGAAAAACACAUUACUGUAAAGAAGGAGCCACACGAGUCCCUUGGAAUGACAGUAGCCGGGGGCAGAGGAAGUAAGAGUGGUGAGCUGCCCAUCUUUGUGACCAGUGUGCCACCUCAUGGCUGCCUUGCACGUGAUGGCAGAAUCAAGAGAGGUGAUAUAUUGUUGAAUAUCAAUGGCAUUGAUUUGACCAAUUUAAGUCACAGUGAGGCUGUUGCUAUGCUGAAAGCCAGCGCUGCAUCCCCCACCGUGGCCCUCAAAGCACUGGAGGUCCAGGUCGUUGAGGACGCAGCCCAGACCUCGGAGGAGCAGGCGAGCACCUUCAGUGAAAACGAGUACGACGCCAGCUGGUCCCCAUCCUGGGUCAUGUGGCUUGGGCUUCCGAGUGCCCUUCAUAGCUGCCAUGAUAUAGUUUUACGAAGAAGCUACUUGGGAAGUUGGGGCUUUAGUAUUGUUGGUGGAUAUGAAGAGAACCACACCAAUCAGCCUUUCUUCAUUAAAACCAUUGUCUUGGGAACUCCUGCUUAUUAUGAUGGAAGAUUAAAGUGUGGAGAUAUGAUCGUGGCCGUGAACGGCCUGUCAACUGUGGGCAUGAGCCAUUCCGCGUUAGUUCCCAUGUUGAAGGAGCAGAGGAACAAAGUCACUCUGACCGUUAUUUGCUGGCCUGGCAGCCUGGUGUAGAUUUUGAAAUUGGUUUUGAGUCAAACGUCUUCCUUCUGUAGGUUUUGGAAAGAAAACCCUUUAGUUUCAUUGUAUUUCUGGUUAUUAGGAGCUACUGACACAGCUGGUAUAUGCAGGGCCAAAAACCACUAAGAUUGUCCUUUUGUUAUUAUUUAAAUGUUUUUUUCCUCAAGUUAGCCACAUUUCUUUCAAGUUGGAAACAGUCUUCCACUAACCCUUGUGAGUUCGCAUUUUCGGAAUUCAGACUCACAGUGGUCAGAAUGGGACCUGUCGUGGUGGAAGCAGUCCGCCCAGACUGUGACCCAGCCACAGUGGUCAGAAUGGGACCUGUCCUGGUGGAUGCAGUCCGCCCAGACUGUGGCCCACCCAGCUGGAUUGCUGUUGGUUCUGUGUUUUCAGUGACUGAAUCAGAAAAUGUAUUCCACACGCCCCAAGACUGGCAGCAGUGAAGCCUGUAGCAGUAGCAUUUACUGCCUCUGUUGGAUGUGGUGCUGCCAUGAAUGGAUACAUUUUAAAUUUGGACGAUAACUCUUUCCCAUUCUUCAUCGGUGCCAACAUUUCGGAACUUUGUACUGCUUUUAUGAAGAGACUUUUCUGGCUUAUUUUAUUUCUGCUUUAAUCCCUCAGUGCUCAUAGAUGAUGAAGACAAAAGUCUGAUACCACUAAGGAGAUUUUAAAAAAAUAACUUACCAUUAUUAGCAUAGUAGAGAAUAAAAGAUAAUGUUACCCAGUGACAAAGGAAUUUGGGAGGUAAUUAUAGUGUAGUGCUGGAGAGGGUAAAAGCUGCAUUUACUUGAACGGUCCAAAAGCAUUAAAGGUUCAUUUCCAAAGGAAUGCUUUGUUAUGUAGGAAAAUUUCGAAGCAGUUUUUGCUAAAAAUCAUUUUCUAGAGUUUGUAUUAUACUUACCUGCAAACUUGGCUGGAAAUGUUUUUGUGAUUUAUGCAAUUAAGCUAGAUAUUAAAGAUAAAAUCAUAUUGCUAUUAAAUACACCCUUAUAUAUAUCACAGCUAAGUAGGAGAAGGUAGACCUUUUUAAUUUUAUUGUUAUAAAAGUCUGGAAUGUUUUAGAAACCCUUCUUUCCCCCUAUUCUUUCGUUACUUAUGAACUUAAGUAUUUCAAGAAAAAGUCUGAAAGUUCUUUCUUUUUUGUCUGAAAUAGAUUUUAGAUGUGUCUUAAUCAGUUCUUGGUCACUAGACUAUUUUGUAUUUUUUGAAAUGUUUUUGAAAAUUAUGACCAGCUCAUUUUGUUUGUCCUUUAUUCAACAUGGUUGUCCUUUGGAAGAACACACAAAGAAGUGAAUAAGAGAAAAAUAUCUUUACCUUAUUAAUAUUAUGCAUACUUGAAAAAGUUUCACUUAGAAAGCUAGUUCAGAAUCUGAGCUAAUUUACAAGUGACCUCUGUAAUAAAUGAUAUUGAUUAUCAGAGAAUGUAUUUCAAAAUACUAAAGUAUAUUAUGAAGCAUGACCACUUUAUUUUCAAACUUAGCAAUUGCAUUGCUGGGGUUUAUUGUAUCUGUAGCAUGUCACUGAUUAUUCCAGUUAGUUUUAUAAUGAUUUUUUUAAACAUAGCUCUUUUGAAUAAAUAAGAAAUGGCAACAAUAGUUGUUACUGACUUGUUCAACCCCUUAGCUACACUGUAUGGUCGAGAGAUAAUGAAGAUACAGUGGGACGCCCCAUACAGUAUAUUACUGUUAGGCGAUGAUUGGCUUUGGAAGCAAUUUGAUAUUGAAAUGUUUUGAUAUUCUAAUUAACAUGGAACAAGUUUUUUUCCUGCUCCCCAAAUAGAAUUUUGCAGACUACUUUGCUAUUUUUUUAAACAUUUUGUAAGAAUGCAUCAUUUCUUGACCAGUGGCCAUCCAUCAACAAAUAUCCUAAUUGCUACUUUGUUAUAUAUAAAAUGCUUAGAUUGAACCUGGUGGUAGAAUCAGUAUUUUGAAAGAAGAAAUUUUUUUCAUUAUUAUUUUUAUCAUGGAAAUCUUGAAAUCAGCUUAAACUAAUUUGGUUUUAUUACAAAAACUAUAGCUUUUGGUCAGAAUGAUAUUUGAUGAUGGAGACUUGUUCAGAUUUUAUUGUUACUGUUGGAAUAUUUUAAUUUUCUCAUUUUAAGCGUAAGUAGUUAAAUAUUUUGAUUUGUUCUGUGCCUUCGGUUUAAAUUAUUUCAGGAUUUUUCAGAGGUGUUUAAAUAACAAGUGUGACAAUCAGUCAGGGUGGAAAUAAAAGUCAUCGUUUCCAUAACA